AUGAUGUGUAAUUACAAAGCUGAUUUAUAUCAUUUUAAUGAAUCCUUAAAAAUCAGACCUGGUGAUAAAGUCUCUUUAAGUGAACGUGAAAACACAUAUAAAAUGUUAAAUCAUUAUGAAGCAUCCAUCAACGAUUUUAAUAAUUCAAUUGAAAUAGAAUCAAUUAAUAAUGUUUUGCUAGAGGUUGAUAUAAUUGAUUAUUAUUCUCUUAGUUACUAUGAGCAAUCUUUAAUAGAUUUAAAUAAAGCUUUGGAAGUUUCUCCCGAUGAUAGAAUAACCUUGGCUCGUCGUGCAGAUGUACAUCGUAUAUUGGAAUGUUAUGAAGAGGCACUUGAAGAUCUCGAUGAUUUAUUGAAAAUUGAUUCAUAUGAUGUAUUUUGUUUUACGUAUUC